AUGUGUCCAAUCUACGUCCACUCCCAAAACGUGUUCCCUCUCCUGCAGUUCACGAGGCGAGCGGGUCAGAGCCUAAGGCACCGACUGCACCAACUCGCAGCAGCAAUGGAAGCACCUCGCUCCAACAACGCACAACUCUGCACUGAUGUUUCCACCAGAGCUGCUGCCCGACCCUCAUCUGGAUCUGCAGCAGCGGUGGCAGCAGUAAGUGCAGCAGCGGUGGCAGCAGUGCGCAUCUCCACCUUCCACUCCUUCUGCCUGCAGACCCUCAGGCAGUUUGCGCACCUGGCGGGCCUGCCUAAGGACUUCACCGUCUUCCCUCCCAAGAUGCAGGCAGAGACGUUGAUGGAGCUGCUGCAGGAGUGGGCGGAGAGGAAGGCUGCAGAGGCAGGGGAGAGGGAAGGAGAGCAUGGGGCCAGUCGAACAAGUGUGCCAUCAGGCAAGAAACUGCACUUCAUCAUCCGCCGCUUCCUGCACGAGUUUGGCCGCCUGGAAGCCGAGAACGCGGCCAUGCAGGUGCUGCAGGGGUCACGACCACUGCACCAGCCAGCAGCAGCAGCGGCAACCUCAUCGCCAGCAUCGAAUUCAGCUCCAGGUACUGCUGCUUCUGGGGCGAGCGGUCGUGCUGCUGCUGUGAAUCAUGGCGGCGUGCAGAGAAGGAGGCGGGUAUCGUUUGGAGGAGACAGUGGUGGUGGAGGAGGGGAGGGUGAUGAGGAUGGCGGGCUGUUUGCGUGGCUGUGGGAGCAGUACCGCCGCCGCCUCGUGCUCAACAAGGCCGUCGACUUCUCCCAGUUCGCCCCUUAUCUUUCCUUUCCGCUCCACCACCCCUCCCCACCUCCACCCCAACACGCGCCAGUGGACGAGUUUCAGGACACUGACAGCUGUCAGAUGGAGCUGCUUCUGCUGCUCUGCCGCCCGCUGCCGUCCGCACCGACCCUGACCCUCGUGGCCGACGACGACCAGCAGAUCUAUUCCUUCCGUGGCGCCAUGGGCCUGCCGAACCUGCGCCGCUUUCUCCGAACCUACCCGCAGGCUCGGACGGUCUGCCUCGACCAGAACUUCCGAAGCUGCGGCUCGGUGGUAGAGGCCGCCCGCCACGUCAUCGCUCACAACCAAUGGCGGCACGCCAAAUGGAUGGUCACAGCAGCGCCAGUGGGACCGCUUGUCUCCUUAUGCGAGUGCCGCACGGAUCGGUGCGAGGCGGCAGCUGUGGUCGGCAAGAUCUGUCAUCUAGUGGGGUCAUGCGGGGUGCCGGCGAAUCAGAUUGCAAUACUGUACCGUGUGCAGGCCGUGGGAAAGGUGAUUCGGCAGUAUCUGAAGAGCCAUGGGAUCAAGGUGUCUUCUGCUGCAACUGGAGGAGGGGGAGCAGGAGGCUUUGGAGGUGGAGGAGGGGGAGGAGGAGGAGGGACGGCAGGAGGAGGGGAAUGGGGAGCAGCAGAGGAGGAUGGGGUAGCAGUAGCUGCAAAUGGUUUCAUAGCAGAGGGGGGUAACAGUGCGAUGGCUGGAGCUAGGGGAGGGAGGGGGACGGGGACAGUAGGAGCAGUUUUCCAUGAUAUCCUGGCACUCCUGCGAUUGGCUGCCAAUGAAUCGGAUGACGUGGCAUGUCGGCAGGUCCUGCGCUUUGUGUGUCCGCCGCCCACCCGCCAGGUGGCGAUCUGUCUGCGCACACUACAGUGCGCCCCGCACCGCAUCUCCCUCCUGCCUGCCGCCCGCAUGACUCGUCUGCACCUCCUCGGCAUCUCCCGCUGCGCCGCCCUCUCCAACGUGUCUUCUACCAACCCCUGCGGUGCUACUAAUGGAUCAGCGGGCAACAGCAGUGCUUAUAACGGAUCACACUCUACCCAUGCACACAACGCAGCCGACCCUGCAUGGCCCCACACGCUCUCACCAGACGACACGGAGGUCCUAGAGGGGAUAAAAAAGAUGGCUGCAGCAGUAUCGGAGCUGCAAGGUCUCCUGGGCAUCCCCCCGCCUGGCUGGUCUUCUACCCCUGCUCCUGCCUCCUCUGCUCCUGCCUCCUUCGCUUCUCCCUCUGCUUCUCGCCCCCCUGCAAGCAGGAGGAGAGGCAGUGCUGCUGGGAUCAUGGGUCAGGGUGGUGGGCCCACGUCCUUACCUGCGAUUUUCCACGGAGAAGGAGGAGGGGAGGAGGAGGAGGAUGGGGUGUCCUGUGAGGCUUUGGUGAGGUGUGCACUUCGGUUUGUACGAGCAGUGAGGGGUGGGGAGGGGCGGAGUGGGGCGGGGGUUGGGGCGGAGGUGGUGGUGCAGGGGGUGUUAGGGGGCGGCGGGGGAGGGGGAGUGGUCGGAACGGUUGGUGGAGGAAGGGGAGUUGGUGGGACGGGUGGAGGAGGGUGGGGAGGUGGGCGUGGGAUGGGGGGACAGGGGGGAGGCGCAGGUGCGUUGGAUCCAGCCAUGUUUGCCGGUGUGAGAGCUCUGCUUCUAGAGGCUGCGGCUUUUGACAAGGAGAGGAGGCAUAUGCGGCAGGCGAUGCAGGCGAGAGUAAUGAGUGCUGCAGCAGAAGUGGCGUCAGCAGCAGGAGCAGCAGCAGGAGGAGAAGCAGCAGGAGGGGCUGCUCUGAGGAAAGCAGCUGAAGGAGCAGAAGCAGUGAGGGGAAUGGGGUUGGGAGAUGUGCCAGGAAGGGUGGUGUCAGGGUGUGAUGCGGGGAGCGAAAGAAACAACAGCGGCAACGGUAACAGCAGCAGCGGAAUUAGCAGCAGCGGAAUUAGCAGCAGCAGGCACAUGGCCAAUCCAGGUGGCUACUUCUCCCCAGCUACCACCCCUGUGAAAGACCGCUACAGUCCGGGCGGCAGCAGUGAGAGCAAGCAGGGUGGCAGGAGGCCGAGCUAUGCGGACCUGCUGCUGCAGCGUGAAGGAGUGGUGGGAAUGGUGGGCGGCAGUGGAAUGGCACAGGGAAUGGGGCUUGCUCGAUGGUCCAAUGCUGCAGGGGCUAGCACCGCAAGGCAAGCUGAGUUUGAGAGACGGAUGGGGAGGCAAGGAGAGGUGGACUUGCACGAUCCCAGUGCUGGUGCUGGUGCUGCUGGGUACAUUCGUGGUGAUGGUAUUGAUGGUGAAAAUGGGAACAGAGAGGGGGAGGUGGAGAGGGAAGGUGAGGAGGAGGGGGAGGAGGGGGAGGUAGUGGUUCAGUUUGUGGAUCGAGUGAUGGAGAGAGUGCAUGAGAGGGAGCUCGGGGUGGGUGUGGAGGAGGGGUUGGGAGGGGUGGGGGACAGUGCUGGUGAGAGAGAGAGUGCGGGGGGACGUGGGGGUAGGCGAGCAGGGAGGGGGGGUGACGGGAAGGGGCGGGGGAGUGGGGGGAGGGAGAGUGAGCAGGAGAGCGGGGGAGUGGUGCUGAGCACGAUUCACCAGGCCAAGGGGUUGGAGUGGCAGGCUGUGAUUGUAGUGAGGGCGAACGAGGGCGUGCUUCCACUGGUGGACUUCAGUAGAGUCACACACACCCCUGCCACUGCCACCACCACCAACUACUCGCCCACGCCCCAAACCCUACCACCAACAACAACGAAAACGACAGCAGAAGCAGCGGCAGCAGCGACGGUGGCCGCACAGGGGGCAGGAGGGGCAGUGGGAGGAAGAGAGGGGUGUGGGCGUGAGAGUGGGGUGCGGCCCCUUCCUCCUCUGCCUGCCAUGCCCCCGGACUAUGACGCUCAGUUGGAGGAGGAGGUAAGCCGAGAUAUUUGA